UUGUUGUAGGCAACGGUGGUUCGACUAUGAUUCGGAAGACUGUUAUUGGCAUAACCGUUGGAGUAGUUGGAAUUUUAACCGCCUGUGCAUUCAAUUUUUGUUUCAAAAAGAUUCCUUCAGUUUCAUCAAUAAUUUCCUUACAGAAGAUCGUAAAGAAUAAUCAAGAUCUCGAGGCCUUUCUUAAAAACCAUGGGCCUUUAGCUGUAAAUAGGUAUAGCUUUUCAGAAGUGAAGAAAAUGACCAAUUUGUUCAAAGAUAAACUUGGCCAAGGAGGUUAUGGCAGUGUGUACAAAGGAAAGCUUUUUGAUGGUCGUCUUGUAGCAGUGAAAGUCUUAAAUGCAUCUAAAGGAGAAGGACAAGAAUUCAUCAAUGAGGUUGCCAGCAUUAGUAGAACUUCUCAUAUUAAUAUUGUCACUCUCUUGGGUUUUUGUUUUGAGGGUCAGAAAAGAGCUCUAAUAUAUGAGUUUAUGCCAAAUGGAUCUCUUGACAAGUUCAUAUGCUACAAAAGUCCUUUGAAGAGUAGUGAUCAUCAUUUGGGGUGGGAAACUAUGCACCAAAUUGCUAUCGGAAUAGCUCAAGGACUUGAGUACUUACACCGUGGAUGCAACACAAGGAUUGUGCACUUUGACAUAAAGCCUCACAACAUUCUCCUUGAUGAAAAUUUUUGUCCCAAAAUUUCUGAUUUUGGGCUUGCAAAAUUAUGCACCAGAAAGGAUAGUAUUAUAUCCAUGCUAGAGGCUAGAGGAACUAUUGGGUAUAUAGCUCCGGAAGUGUUCAACAGAAACUUUGGUGGAGUUUCAUCCAAAUCUGAUGUUUAUAGCUAUGGUAUGAUGGUUUUAGACAUGGUUGGAGGCAGAGAGGAAGAUGUUGGAACAGAUCAUACGAGUGAGAAAUAUUUUCCACAUUGGAUUUAUAGACAACUUGAGCAAGGCAAUAAAUCCAAAUUGUGUGGUGAGAUUUCCAUUGAAGAGAAUGAAAUUAUUAGGAAAUUGACAAUAAUUGGUCUGUGGUGCAUCCAAACAAUUCCAUCAGAGAGACCAUCCGUGAGUAAGGUGAUAGAAAUGCUAAAAGGUAGCAUAGAAGCCUUAAACAUCCCACCAAAGCAUUUUUUAUCUUCCCCUCCAAGAUCUCCAUCAUCCACUUUUGCCAUAUCAAUGACAAAGUGUUGAAAAACUUUUUUUUUUUCUUUUUGGUGCAUUAAUUAGACAUGUUUAGGAGGAAGUGACCCAACAAAUUGAGUUAAACUUUCUCAAUUUGAAAAUUUGUAUGGUAUUUAUCUUUUAUUUGUAUGGUCCUUCAAAGAGAAAGGGAAUAACCUGAGUCAAAUUGCAUCAUCAGAAACUCUAUUUAUCUUCAACAUAUCACUGAUCUCAAGAAAGUGUGCUAGAUGCACAUGUGGACUUUCACUUGGACUUCCCCCAAUUUGUAAUUGUUGUACCAUCUGACACAGUGCAGGCUUCAAUUCAAAAUUAUUAGUUUCUACUCUUGGUCUUGUGAUACUUGGCUUGAAAUCCCCAAUGUUAGGAUAGGUGUGAUCCUUCACAGAACAGUUGUUAUUAUUGUUGGCCAUUUCUUCUUAUAGUUGCCCUUACUCUUGUGCUAUUUCUUAUUGUUGUUGAGCUUUAAAUUUAGUUUUUCUCCUCUUA